AUGUCGGAGAACAAGUUUGGUGGGGUGUUACCAAAAUGCAUAGGUAAUUUAUCUACUACUCUCACGACACUUGUAAUAGAAGGUAAUCAAAUAUCCGGUGAGAUUCUAGAAGAAAUUGGGAAUCUUGUCAACCUGGAAGCAUUGGCUAUGCGUGCCAACCAUCUUUCAAGUGGUAUACCCUCAAAUUUGGGGAAUCUACAAAAUCUAGUGAUAUUGGCCUUACGUAGAAACGACUUGCAAGGGAAUAUCCCACCUUCUUUUGGAAAUCUAACCAAGUUGAUUGAACUGUAUCUCAGCGAGAACAACUUUCAAGGGCAAAUUCCUUCCCAUCUAUCAAAUUGCCGGUCUCUUAUUUUUCUUGAUCUGGCUAAUAACAAUCUCAGUGGUGCCAUACCUCCACAGCUUAUAGGUCUCUCAUCAUUAGCAAUCAUUUUGGACUUGUCUCAUAACCAUCUGACUGGGGUUCUACCUAUAGAAGUUGGCAACUUGAGAGCUUUGACUGCAUUGGACAUCUCGAACAAUUUGUUGGGAGGUGAAAUCCCCGAUAGUUUGGGCGAUUGCACUUCUUUGAUUGCAUUGAUUAUUGGGGGCAACUUCUUCCAUGGGUCCAUUCCUCAAUCAAUCAGAUCGUUAGGAGGCAUUGAAGAGAUGGAUCUUUCACGCAACAAUUUGUCGGGUCAGAUUCUAGAAUUCUUAACAAUAUUUCAUUCCUUGAAAGUCUUGAAUUUGUCCUAUAAUAAAUUUCAAGGCAUGCUACCAUGCGAAGGAGUCUUUAAGAAUGCUACUGGUACUUCCAUUAUUGGGAAUAAUGAGCUUUGCGGCGGAUUGCCAGAAUUUCACCUCCCCAACUGCAUCUUUAAAGGCUCAAAGAGAAGAAAGACUAAUAUAAUGAUAUUGUCCAUUUCUGUUAUUUUUGGAGUUCUUGGAACAUCUCUUUUUCUUGCUCUUAUAUGUCUUUUUCGGUUGAAGAAGAAAGUAAAUAAACCAGUUUCAAGUUUGACAAACGAUUCGCAUUCGAACGUAUCUUAUGGAACACUCCUAAAAGCGACAGAUGGAUUUUCUUCAAUGAGUUUGAUUGGUGUUGGAAGCUUUGGUUCUGUAUAUAGGGGGAUACUCGAGGGUGAUGGGACUAUUGUUGCAGUGAAAGUGCUUCAUUUAAUGCGCCGCGGUGCUCUGAAAGGCUUCAUAGUCGAGUGUGAGGCAUUAAGGAAUAUUAGACAUCGAAAUCUUUUAAAGAUAUUGACAGUUUGCUCGAGUAUUGAUUAUCAAGGAAAUGAUUUUAAGGCCUUAGUCUAUCAAUUCAUGGACAAUGGAAACCUAGAAAGGUGGCUGCAUCCAAACACAACAUCAUCUCAUAGGAAUGAGCUUCCAAAAAAGUUAAAUUUCAUUUGGAGGAUAAAUAUUGCUAUUGAUGUUGCUUCUGCACUAGAUUAUCUUCAUCACAGGUGUCACAUCCCCAUCGUUCAUUGUGAUUUAAAACCGAGCAAUGUCCUCUUAGAUGCUCAAAUGGUCGCACAUGUGGGCGACUUUGGAUUGGCAAAGUUCCUUCUUGGAUCAUCCCCUAAUAUUCUAGCCAAUCAGAUGAGCUCAAUGGGUCUUAGAGGGACAAUUGGUUAUGCUCCACCAGAAUAUGCAAUGGGAUGCGAGGUCUCAAGAGAAGGAGAUAUCUACAGUUACGGUAUUCUCUUACUAGAGAUGUUCACGGGAUUGAGUCCCAUCGAUGACAAAUUUGGGGACAAUUUGACUCUCCGUAGUUUUGUCAUGGCAGCUUUAUCUGAACGAGCCUUGGAAAUUACAGAUCACAUUCUACUUCUAGAAAGAGAGAGUCGUUUUGAUCCCAAUAGUCCCGAAAGCAAUGACAUAUUUCAAGAGUGUUUGGUUAUGGUAUAUAAUAUUGGAGUGGCUUGUUCCAAUGAAGUGCCUAUAAGACGGAUGAGCAUCAGCGGUGUUGCAAAUCAAUUGCAAAAGACUAGGGAAAAGCUUUUUGCAUUGGGUUUUCAGGAACAGGAUGAACUACCAUAG